ACGCUCAACCCGACUCUCUUUCAGCGCUCAUCUUCUUUCUCUUUCUCCUUGCUGACGCUCUCGAAUAACUCUAGACUGACGACAGAAACUUGCCAAAGAGAAACUAACGGGAUCAAAAUGGAUGUCGACAUGAAGAAUAAGGAAGACCUUGAUGAUAAGUUGAACGGUAGGGACCGAGACAGGCGCGACAGAAGUCGCGAUAGACGUGAUAGAGACAGGGACAGGAGCAGAGAGAGAGACAGGGAUGAGCGUGCAAGGCGCGACAUAGCCCGUCGCCGUAAUGAUCAUUGGGAGCCAGAGCGCCGAGCUAAGAGACGCUCGCGCAGCCGUUCUCGCUCGCCUCGUCGUCGGUCCGUAUCUCGCCGGCAGUCUCGCCGCUACUCUCGUUCUUAUUCUCGCUCCCGUAGUCGCAGUCGGGACCGCGACCGAAAGCUCGACCAGUUCGCUCGCUCACUCGGCGGUCCGAUCAAUGCCGACCCCGACGAAGCACUCGAGAUGUCCAAGCACAGCAAGCGCGAGAACCGCGUGUACGUCGGCAACUUGUCCUACGAUGUUCGCUACCGCGACCUGAUGGAAUUUAUGAGGGGAGGUGGGUUUGGGGAAUUUCAUGUCGAUUGUUGUCGUGCUGUUGUUUUUGGUUUUCUUCAUUGUGAUGGCGUCCGCUGUGUUAGUGGUUUUGGUAUUGGUGGUUAUGCUGGCCGAAGGCUUUGCAUGGAAAAGGCGUCAGUGCUGAUGAUUGGAGGGUGCGGUUAGUGGGCCGAGAGAAGGCAUAAGCACUACACCGAGUUGACAUGCGUGAUUUACGUCGCCACCGUCCUUUUUUUUCGCGCUUCGUCCUUUAUGGACACGUUGCGUGAUGCUACCAGAGCCAUUUGUUGAGGGCGAUGUAGGGGAGAUGCUGAUGCAGUAGAUGCGCGGACUCCGGCCUAUUUCCGACUUCGUUUUCUUAUUUUCGCUCGCCUAUUGGAUGGGUAUCGUUGAAAGUUGUGAGAGGAUGGUAUUCUGAUGAGGGUUUUUCUUGGGGUAUUAGCUGGAGAAGUCCUAUUUGCCGAAGUAUUGGUGACACCUACAGGCAUUUCAAAAGGAUGCGGCAUUGUGGAAUUUGCGACGCAGGAAGAUGCGCAACGGGCAAUUCGCGAGCUAUCUGAGGUCCCGCUGCUGGGUAGACCUGUUUUCAUUAGAGAGGAUCGCGAAACUGAAGCUAGGUUUGGCGCAACACCCGUUCCUGGUAAGAUCGGUAUGGCCAUGGCGGGACAAGGAUUCAACGCUCAACCUCCUCCACGCUAUGGAGGAAGUGGAGGUGGGGGUGGAGGUGGAGGCGGAGGAAACCCGGGAAACCAGCUUUACGUCGGUAAUUUGCCGUAUCAAGCUGGUUGGCAAGACCUUAAAGAUUUGUUCCGCACCGCUGGAAACAUUGUGAGGGCAGACAUUAAUAUCGGUGCUGAUGGGCGCGCAAAAGGUUCCGGCACCGUGAUUUUCGAGACACCAAAAGAUGCACAGCAGGCGAUUACCAUGUACAACAAUUAUGAAUGGUACGGCCGUGUUCUGGAAGUUCGUGAGGACCGUUACGCUGGCCUUUCUGGUCCAGGUAGCUACCGUGGCGGGCUUCGGGGCGGUUUCAGAGGUGGUUUCCGUGGUGGCGGCUUGCGCGGUGGGCACCGUGGAGGUUAUAGCGGUGGUAGCGGGGCCAGCGCCGGGGGAACCAGCGAAGAGCGCUCGUUCAAUCAAGAUAUCUAUCGCGAUUACGCUGGACCGGACCAACAAACCUCCGUGCCUGCUGCUGCUAGCUAUGCAACGGGACAGGUGUUUACUGGCAGAUACAGUAGUGAAUUUGCUACGGAGCCGAGUCAGCAGAUUAUGGUUCGCAAUUUGCCAUGGUCUACUGCGAACGAGGAUCUCGUUGAAUUGUUCGAGACGACUGGAACUGUUGAGCUAGCGGAGAUCCUGUACGACGGGUCUCGCUCGAAAGGAGCAGGCGUCGUACAAUUCGCACAGGUUGCAGAGGCAGAAACAGCCAUCGCCAAGUUCCAGCAAUACAUGUAUGGUGGACGUCCUCUAGAUGUGCGCUUUAACGAUCGCUGGCACACAUUCACGCCUACCGCUGCAAGGGGAGGAACCGUCGCGCCUAUGCAGGCUGAGAUUGCUGUGUAGAAAAAAAAUGUCGGAAAGCCAUUGGGAAUUCAUUAGUCUCAUGUCCACCGCUUUCUUUUCCAAUUUACUUUCCUUAUCUCUUCGUACUUUUACUAAAAAGAAAAAUUUGAGUUGCUCUGCUGUCUGUUAUUUUUUUCUUUCUCCUCGAUCGAAAUUUCUAUCCUUUAUUUCUUUCCUUGCGUAGGUCCUUUUUCAAUCUGAAAUACGUCUGAUAUUCGUGACUUGCCGAGCUAAAGAGUUGCUGA